AUGACCAGCUCUUACGGACAACAUUGCCCUCUAUAUGUCUGGGCGACUCUGGUACAAAAGGUCCCAACGACUUUCCACCCAAGGAAUUGGGUGAUCUCUGUGAUAACAGAAGCAUGGACGUCAAAGCCUAUUCAAGUGGAGUGGGAAAUUGAGGAGUUCAUUCAGGAGUUGGGAUCACGACCUACAGCAUGGUAUUUGCCUGAGGUGAUCUCUGAAACCAUCCAGAAUCGUCUCAUAUGCGCCUUGGCUCAUCUUCGGCCGUACUUGAAGAGUAGUCCGCCUUGGGCUGGAGGUGGAUGGUGCAACGACCCUGCUUACUUUCGAACUCCCAAACCAUCAGAGAUACCCACGGGAAAUUAUGAUGGGACACCAUUCCAGGCAUCAUCCACCUUGAAGGACGGUUUUGGGGGAGGUCUAUGGUUUCUCCACAAUAUUAUAGACUUUCAAGCUCUAAUGGGUGGAGUAAUGAGUGUCUUGCAUCCAGCGCAGUAUUGUAUUAUGCAGGCCGCCUUUAUCCGAGCUGCCAAUACAGGCUCUGUAAAUCCGGACAGAAGGCCUCCUUCACCCAUCCACCCAGAUCUUCAGGUGGAACUUCCAGGUAUCGGGAUUCGAUUCCACUACAAUCUGGGGACUCUACUUUCAGUAUUGUCCAAGUCCGUGAGGCAUGGCGUGUCCAAGUCUACAGAAGAACGAUAUUGCUUUUCCUUCUUCGUGAGGGAAUGGGUACUUCAUCAGCUCAGAUAUGAGGAACAUCUGUGGAUGUUGGAUGAGAUGUUUCUGGCUUGGCUGUAA